AAGAAGAGUCGAUGUAGUUACUGUAGUUGUUGUGAUUUCACUUCAGAGAAGAAGAAGAAUCAGCUGGAUAUGAUGAGACAGAAUAUGAUAAAUAAUAUCUCUUUAUGUUUAUCAUCUUUAUGAGAAAAGGACAGUAACGGUAACUACACUGUCUAUAUUCCUCUCUACCUUUAAGAACUGACACGGAUCUUACCUUCGUUAAGCUGGAUGUUAAUGUUCAACGUUUAACCCGAGGAAGUGACCGUUAAUCGUUCCAGAGGAGAGACUCUCCUCCAGUGUGCAGGCAGGCCGUCCUCGGUGCAGGAAGUGCUGUCCGUCAGUCCUCUGGAGUAGAUCUAAUUAAAGAGCGUGGGGGCAGAGGAGGGGAGCUUCAGCGGGCAGAGAGAGAGAGAGACAGCAGAACUGGCAGAACUCACGAUGCCUCUGUUCUUCAAGAAGAGGAAGCCCAGCGAGGACUCUCAGAAGAGGCUGGAGUACCAGCUGACCCGGUCUAAGGAGGCCGGUGCUGAUGACAUCCUGGACGUCUCAGGGUGUGAGCUCUCUGAGGUUCCCUCAGGUGCCUUUGCCAUUUGCAGGGUUCUGCAGAAGAAGGUCCUCAUCCUCCACAGCAACGAGCUGAGGUCAUUCGUGCCCAAAGGAAGUGACAUGACUAAUCUUUUCACCUUAAAGGUUUUGGAUCUGCACAACAACAAGCUUGCCUCUCUCCCAGAGGACAUCGGGAAGCUGUCAUCACUCCAGAUCCUGAAUGUGGAGAAGAACCGAAUAAAGACUCUACCUGACUCCAUCGCUGACCUGCGGCUGCUGCAGACUCUUAAUUUGAAAGGUAAUCAUCUCAGUGAGCUGCCAGCCUCCGUCGGUUCUCUGAGCAGCCUGAGGACUCUGGACGUGAGUGAGAACAAGAUCGAGCAGCUGCCCAAAGCUGUGGCCUACAUCCGCACGCUGGAGAGCUUUACACUCGAUGCUGCCUCCAUGUCUUAUCCUCCGGUGUCUGUGUGCACGGAGGGAACAGAGAGCAUCCAACGCUUCCUGUGCAGCGAGCUGGGAGAGGAGUACCGCCCCCCGUCUCAGUACCUCCUCCCUGUGCUGGAGAGCGACUGGGGCAAACAGAACGCUGACUGUCUGGAUGGUGCGGAAGAGGCGUGGCAGAAUAAAUUCAGUGCCUAUGAGAAGAGAAAGGAGCAGAAGCAGCAGGAGAAACUCGCCUUCGAGCGCCACCUGGAGGAGAAGCAGAAGGAGCACACGCAGCUUGUCCUCAUGAACACGUCUCGCAAGGAGAACAUCAUCAACUCGGUGCGACAGGAGCAGGAGCGCGUCUCUCAGGGCGUCUGUCAGCAGCAGCGUGCUCAGGAGGCCGACCGGCUGCUGGUGCUGGAGAAAGUCCGAAACGCCGAGGACAACAUCAGCAGCCGCAUCAGCAACAUGCUCAUGGACAAAAACAGGCAGAAGAAGAGUGCAGAGUUUCUUCAGUCCAUGGAGGAGGAUCGGAUCCGUAUGGAGCACCUGACGGCCAUCACACAGGAGGAGACCAACUCACUGAGGAGGAGGGACGUGGCAGCGGCCAUGCAGAAGAUGCUGUCAGACAGCUGUUCCAUGAGUCUCCUGCAGGAGGCCAGUGACUUCCGCAGAAAGAGCCUGGUCAAUGAGGCCCACAGGAGUAUGGAGAGUCUGGACAGGAAGUUCGAUAAGAUGCUUUCCCUCCAAGUAUUGGACAAAUCAAAAGCCAUCGCUCAGAUCCUACAGGAGGAGGAGAUGCAGAAAGCGGCUUUCCAGGCUCUGCAGCUGCAGAAAGACGCUGUGCACGGAUACAUCCGCAACCAGAUCAAACUGAUAGAGAAUGAGUUAAUGCAGCUGACUAAACUGGAGGUUAAAAAAAGGAAUCUGGACGCUGAGAACCUGCAGGAGGUCCUGGUGGAGCAGCGGUCAGCUCUCAGUGAUUUGUUGCAGCAGAUGUUGAAGCAGAGAGACCAGAGAGAGCAGGAGCUGCGAGGCGUUCUGGCGGAGAUGGAGAAGAAGUCUGAGUCUAGCCAGCAGAACUACUGGAUGAUUCAGUACCAGAGACUUCUGGAUGCCAAACCUCUGUCUCUGCGCAUGCAGGAAGCCGGGGUGGAGAAGGACUUGGUGAACCUGCUCUGCAGACUGUCCUCUCAGCACUACCUGCCGGUCCUCGCUCACCACAGAGUGACCACUGAGGCGCUGCUUCACAUGAACUCCUCUGACCUCAAGAAGCUCGGCAUCAGUGAAGUAGGAAUCCAGAAAGCUCUCCUGAAGUGGGCUCGAGAUCACAAGCCUGCAGGUGAUGUUCAUGAACUGUCUCAUCCUCCAGCUGGAGCUUGUAAAGCUGUUCAGAUGGAGGAAGAGGAGGAGGAAGUCGCCCCCUCUGCUCCGUUUCCCUCCACUCCUCCAUCGAUCCCCAACGCCUCAACAAUCUACAUCCCCAGCCCUCCGCCAUCCCCGGGGACCCCUGUCACCCCCUCAGCCCCAAGCCCUGUGGAGGGACCAGGGAGCUCCGAGUGCGUGGUCUGCAUGGAGACAGGGUCUCAGAUCAUCUUCCUGCCGUGUGGUCACGUGUGCUGCUGUCAGGUUUGCAACGACGCCCUGCAGAACUGCCCUCUGUGUCGUAGCAACAUAUCUCAGCGUAUCCGCCUCUUUCACGGCUAAACCACCUUCAUCUUCCUCCUCCUCUUCAUCUGACUGCAGCGCUCUGUAUUCAUGCAUGGUAAUAAAGCUGCUGCGAGCUAAAGCGUCAUGUGUAGAAGAGCUUCUAGCUGAGCCACGUCCCGUAUUAACCAAACAGUACUGUGUGAAGUUACAGCAGAAACAGAGGAUGAUUUUUAUUGUUUCAUUUCGUCUGUUUCUGUUUUAUAUAUUUAGAGCCACUUCUCACUUUCUGAAGACUGUUCUUUGCCUUAUCGUAGAUCUUCAAUGAUGUGUGCCUUUUCAUGGAAAUCACUUCUUUCCACAAAGUCUUUAGUCGGUCGUGAACCAAAGCAACACCCUUUAAAGCUCCUGUGAGGAGUUUUCGACUGGUUCAUGAGAAAGUCUCAAACUAUAAUGUUAUUUUAACCCCUGAAAGCACCGCCGCAGGGUCGGUGUGGGACCAAGUGAUCAGCUGCAGGGUGUAGAACAGACUUUUUAUGUUUUUAUGGCAGAGAUUCAGUCAUGUGACGGUUAAACUGACAGCAGGAUGAGACUCUUUGUUACAAAAAUACUACAACAUGAGCAGGACAAGAUUUGAAAAGAGCUGGAGGUACGGCUUUAGGUGUGUUUCAACCGCGGGCUGAAGUCCCGGGUAGAUUGUGCAACCCCCCCCAGCAGGGGCUUUUUGGGGGGACAUUUUCUACCCCUGAACUAAAUUUUGAGAAAUUUAGGGUCAACCGGUCGAAACGCAUGUAGUUCAGGGGUAAAGGUCCUCCGGUUGAAAAAUGCCUUUUGUCCACAGAAAGUCACUUACAGGAGCUUUAAAAUGAGCCCAACUCAUGAGGGAUAUUUGCGGACGAUAUGAUGCUGAUUUUAGAGUUAUAUUUCAUUAGAUAGGACAGCUUGAGAGAGACAUGUUGGGAAAUGUGGAGAGUCGUGGCUGAGAGUCGAACGAUGGCCUCUAAAUGUGUCGUGCACUUAAACCCUUAGACCAACCGGCACCAGGGAUCAGAAUUUUAAUACUGGAUGAGAUUUUUUGUUAAACAGAAACUUCUUAAACAUGAGCAGGACCAGAUUAGAAACAUGCAGGUACAGCUUUGUCCACAGGGGGGCGCCAAACUCACCCCAAACUGAAAGUUCCUCACAGGAGCUUUAACCUGAGCCCAGAUUCUUUAGGGUGUCUGAAAGGGAAAUAAUCACAUAUGAUAAUAAUACUAUCUUAAUGAAAGGAUGUUAAACAUACAGACUGCUCCAUGCUUAGCUGUGAUCUCCAUCAUGUGCUGCAGACCGCGCUGAGCAUAUUGAACACUUAACUCCAAACACGCUCUGUUUGCAUGAUCGUCUGUUAAACCCGUCACAGGCUCACUGAUGGUUGUUUUACAUUCGUGCUAUCACUCGACGUCUUUGUGUCACCAAUGCAUGUCUGUUUCAAGCUGUCAUUAUACUUACUGCUUCUGUCAGAGGCAUCUGGACCUGCUGGAAAAUCAAUCGGUCAAAGGAGAUAUAGUUUGGGUUAUGAUAACUCCUCAUGCUGGAAUAUAACUGUUGUGUAUUUGUGAAGCUGCAGAGGGAGCUUCACUUUUAAUCAGCCAUUUCUAAAAGAGGGAACUCUACAUUUUAUUUAAUCUUUCGUUUGUGCUCUUUGUUAUUUCCUUUUCAAACUAUAAUUUUUAACGCCUGAGGAAGGAACCCAGUACAAGCCUUCUUGCAGGAUUGUAUUUAAAGAGCUCUUGAGUUGCAUGAUGGGAAAUGUAGUAUUCAAUAUGACAUAACCCGACCCUUGUUAAGGACUGAAAAUCAUAAUCCCUGUUGACCUUUUUUGUCCUCUGCUCUGUGGUCGCAGUCGCUCCUCAAGCUUAAUGAAUGUGCAAUACUAAAGUUGUGAAGUAGUCCUACAGAUUUAGACUCUUACUUUAGCUCUUUGUUUUUAUUUUGGAGGCGUUUAAUGCCUCUGUUGAGAGGAUAGGACCGUGCAUAGAGAAGGAAACUGGAGGAAGACAGCAGAGGGCCUCAGAUCAGAUUACGCCUCUGUACGCUCUUGUGCUGCGGUUGUGCAUAUAUUCCUGUUUCAACUAACACAACCACAAUCACUCACAUCACAACAAUCAUGCUAACCACUCUCGCUGGACAGGAGUCUGAUUCUCCUGCUGUGAUCCACUUCAGACCUCACUGUAGCUUCUAUGUGACCUCUCUCUUUAUAUCCAAUGCAUUUGUGUAAUCACGAACGACACAGCGCCCUGUGUUAAACCAUCACUAAUAACCAAGUGCUCUUAACUCAACAUCUCAGCAUGUUUCAGGAAAUAUCUUCACUUAUUUGUAUAUGUGUGUGUUUAACGUGUAAGAGAUUACUCCUCUAUAUAAACCUGAACAUACACUGUGUGUCACUUUCAUGUACUCGCCCUGUCGAUGUAAAAGCUUUGUGUUUCUUGUACAAUAUGCACUGUUCCUACACAGGCACAGGUGUCUGAAAUCAAUAAACAGAAUAUAAACCUA